AUGCGUCAUUUUCUCCUCAGGACCCAUCGCUCAUUGCGUGAACCCCAACUGGCGCAAUUCUACGACGUGGCGAGAGGUCUGGCCGACGAUGUAGCUGUGGUCAGCUGGGGUCAUCACUACCGCGACUACAACAAAAUGGCUGACUGUGCGGCCAACAUAGCCAUGGACACGUGCAGCUCCAUCCAAGUACGAAUCCUCGCCGGCCGAAGAGUCGUUAAGGAGGUGGCAGCACACGUCGACAAAGACGUCAAUCACUGGAUCGAGACCUCUACAAACGGGCAUGCAGAUACAAGUGGAUCCACUUACACAGAAAAAGACCAAAUGCUUCCACAAAAACACCUCGCGCUGCGCGGAGGCGUGCUUCGUGGAACAAUAAUCGCCUUAGAUUAUUACUUGGAUGUGUGUGUGGUGAUUUUGAUCACUACCAUACUGGAUACAGCGGGUCGCUAG